AUGUCUUCGGCGGCUUUUUCCAGCGUGUCAACCUUCGUGGCGGCCACGAACAGGGCCGUAGCAUAUCUACCACUAAUUCCGUGCAGAUCUAAUGGAACUUCGACUCUGUUUGUAGAAGAUUCAGACGCACCAGUCGAAGUUCCAUUAGAUCUGCACGGAAUUAGUGGUAGAUAUGCUACGGCCCUGUUCGUGGCCGCCACGAAGGUUGACACGCUGGAAAAAGCCGCCGAAGACAUGAGGAAGCUGAAACAUGAUCUCAGCAAACCGGCAGGCGCCCUGACUAUGUUCAUAAGGAUUCCCAUCAUCAAGAAGGACGAGAAGGCGAAGAUCCUUAGGGAGGCGGCCUUAGCGGCCGGGAUGACAAACACAAUAGCCAACUUCUUAGAAAUCGUCGCCGAAAACAAUCGCCUAAAACACCUAAAACUUAUGGUCAACCAAUUCGACGAGCUCAUGAAAUCCGUCAGAGGCGAAGUAGUGGUCAGAGUAACCUCUGCAAUUAAUUUGGACGAAGAACAAACAGCCAAUUUACAGGAAACCUUAGAGAAAUUCCUAGCAUUCGGCGACAAACCGCAAAUGGAACUAGUUGUGGAUCCUUCAAUAAUCGGUGGCCUAAUUAUCAAGAUCGGAGACAGGUUGAUCGACAUGUCCGUUGCUAGAAAAAUCGAGUAUUAUAAGAAGUUGAUGUCGAUACCGGUUUAUAAGUAA